GAUUCAUCCCUUCUAGACAAAUUGGACCCCGUGAUUCUUUCCCAAUCUUUUCCCUAAUCGAAUAAGAAAAUGGGUCUCCAGUGUCACUUGGAAGUAUUGAAACCAUUCAUUCGCCGCCUCUUUUCUGUCGUAUCAUAUUCGGAUUUCACCGGUAACCAUAAUGGCUUGCGAUCCGAACAAUGGCGGUGAAAUCGGAGCGGAAAAUUCUCUCCAAUCCAUCUGUUACAAACGUGGAUCCUUGCGGCUGCUCGAUCAGAGGAAGCUUCCUUUGGAAACUCGUUACCUGGACAUCAAGGAUUCAAAAGAUGGAUGGCAUGCCAUAAGGGAUAUGGUAGUACGCGGGGCGCCUGCCAUAGCUAUUGCAGCAGCCCUUGCUUUGGCAGCAGAAGUGUACAACUUGGACGCUUUUAAUGGGAGUCCCAACGACGCAGCUUCGUUCAUUGCGGAGAAAUUGGACUACUUAGUCUCCAGUCGGCCAACUGCGGUUAAUCUUGGGGACGCUGCUAUAAAACUUAAAGAAAUUGUAUCUCGGGCCGUCGCUAUUUCUCCUGAUGCCAAGAGUGUCUUUCAAGCAUAUAUUGAGGCUGCUGAAGCGAUGCUGGAGGACGACGUUGCUUCAAAUAAAGCCAUUGGGUCGUAUGGAGCAACGUAUAUCCGUGAUCAACAAAAAUCAUUGGCAAAACUUUCCGUUCUAACGCAUUGCAACACGGGCAGUCUAGCAACGGCUGGAUAUGGUACUGCCCUGGGUGUAAUCCGUGCUCUUCACUCCGCUGAUGUGUUAGAAAGGACAUACUGUACCGAAACACGACCCUUCAAUCAAGGAUCUCGACUGACGGCCUAUGAGUUGGUCCAUGAAAAGAUACCUUCUACCCUGAUAGCAGAUUCGGCUGCAGCAGCCUUGAUGAAAUCUGGAAGGGUGAAUGCUGUUGUAGUUGGGGCCGAUCGCGUAGCCGCAAACGGUGACACUGCUAAUAAGAUUGGAACCUAUAGCCUUGCAUUGUGUGCAAUGCACCACAACAUUCCAUUCUUUGUGGCUGCACCAUUGACUUCCAUAGACUUAUCCCUUUCAUCUGGCGAAGAAAUCGUUAUCGAGGAAAGGUCCCCCAAAGAGUUGUUGAAUGCCCGUGGAGGGCUCGGCGAGCAAGUUGCUGCUUCUGGCAUCGAUGUCUGGAACCCCGCUUUUGAUGUUACUCCUGCUCAUCUGAUCUCGGGAAUCAUUACAGAAAAGGGUGUCAUCACGAAGGUGGGUUCUGAAGAUUUCAACGUAAAGGAGUUUGUUCAAAAGAUUGCAGCAGGCACUCUUGCGCAGGUACACUAGAAUGUUCUUGAUGAAAUAAAUGUUCUUGUUCAUCAGAAUCAAUAGAUACAAGAACGCCAUAGAUCAAAUGUCUGGCUAUUAAUGGCUCUGUUUCUGAAGUUCUAAUAACAGAGCAUAUAUACAUAUAUCACUUGCUUGAUACUCUGGCUUGGUUUCUAGUUUUCUUGUUUUUUUUACAUAAUUGAAGAGAACUUUUGGAGUCAA